CGCAUAUUAUAUUUAGACGAAACACACACAGACACGCACUCGCACUCGCACUCGCAGGGACAUGUAUUCACAUUUAGCGGGAAUCUAGAGAGAGAGAGAGAGAGUAAGAGAGAGAAAAAUGAACGGAGGACAGAACAAUAGCAAUGGGGACGAAGAAAUUCUAGGUUCAAUUUUGACAAUGGAAAAAGUGGCGGCCGCCAAACAGUACAUCGAGAAUCACUACAGAAAUCAGAUGAAAAGCAUUCAGGAAAGAAAAGAAAGGAGGUGGGUACUAGAAAGGAAGUUGGCAUCUUCAGAUGUGCCCGAAGAUGAACAGAUAAAUCUAAUUAAAGAUUUAGAACGGAAAGAAACAGAGUUUAUGCGACUGAGAAGGAACAAGAUCUGUGUAGAUGAUUUUGAACUUCUAACCAUCAUAGGUCGUGGAGCCUUCGGUGAGGUUCGACUAUGCCGGGAAAAAAAAUCAGGGAACAUUUAUGCCAUGAAGAAAUUGAAGAAAUCUGAAAUGGUUUCGAGAGGACAGGUGGAACAUGUUAGAGCAGAGAGGAACUUAUUGGCAGAAGUGGACAGCCACUUCAUAGUUAAAUUGUAUUACUCUUUUCAAGAUUCAGAGCAUUUAUAUCUUAUCAUGGAAUAUCUCCCGGGUGGUGAUAUGAUGACCCUGCUGAUGAGAGAGGACACACUCUCCGAAUAUGUGGCUAAAUUUUACAUUGCUCAAAGUGUACUUGCGAUUGAGUCCAUCCACAAGCAUAAUUAUAUUCAUAGGGAUAUCAAACCAGAUAACCUUCUACUUGACAAGAAUGGACACAUGAAACUGUCAGACUUUGGUCUGUGCAAGCCACUUGAUUGCAGAAUUUUAUCUACGGUGAAUGAAAACGAGGCCAUGGGUGAUGAAAAUAUAAGGGAACCAAUGGACAUUGAUGGCCACUCUGCAAAUGGUAAUAACUGGAGGAGUCCUCGUGAACAACUUCAGCACUGGCAGAUGAAUAGGAGAACACUUGCAUUUUCAACUGUGGGUACGCCAGACUAUAUUGCUCCAGAAGUAUUGUUGAAGAAGGGAUAUGGUGUGGAGUGCGACUGGUGGUCACUGGGUGCAAUUAUGUAUGAGAUGCUUGUUGGCUAUCCCCCUUUUUAUUCUGACGAUCCUAUGACCGCGUGCAGGAAGAUUGUUCAUUGGAGAAAUCACCUGAAAUUUCCUCAAGACACCAAAUUGAGUCCUGACGCAAAAGAUCUUAUCUGUAAGUUACUCUGCAAUGUGGAACACAGGCUUGGAACUGAAGGAGCAGCCCAGAUAAAGGCUCACCCUUGGUUUAAGGAAAUUGAAUGGGAUAAACUAUAUGAAAUGGAAGCAGCCUUUAAACCAGAGGUUAACGGAGAGCUGGACACCCAGAAUUUUAUGAAGUUUGACGAAUUGAAUCCUCCAACCUCGGCAAUAUCUGGGUCAGGUUCCUCACGCAAGAUUCAUCUGAGUCCAAAAGACUUGAGUUUUGUGGGCUAUACAUACAAGAACUUCGACGCUGUUAAGGCAUUGCGUUAUUCAUCAGAUGAUACGAGGAGUACAUCACCAAGCCGGCCAUCGGCGGAUUCCUUGUUUGGUGAGAAUAUGUUGGGUGGUUCCACAGGAAGAGAAAUGAAGGAAGGAACACCCGAAGAAACAGACGUACAAAUGAGAAAAUCUACGGACGAUGUAAUGUAUGAUGUAUCCAUAGUGUAAUGGUAAGUUCAGAAGGAAGGUUUAGCGAUUGCAGAGAUCUUGUCUAGUAUGGCAAGGGAAUCCAUCCGUGUGUGUUUGUAGGAGGUUUUAUUGCCGUGUUCAGUGUUCGAACUGAACGGGAAGGCCGUGCCUCGUUCUGCAGAAGCAUUCACUCAAUUGUACAGUAUGAAUGAUGGCAUAACCAUGAAUAUAGGCCCACUCAGGUCCAUCUAAAGCAUAUAUGGAUGGCCUGGCUCAGUAUAUGGGUUGGAUUUUGGGCCCGUCAGGCCCAAUAACGAAAGAUAUAGGCCCAUAUACGGGCCUGGCAGAUAUGAUGAAUCGGAUAUUU